CCAUGGAGGCGUUCUUAGCUUCUCAGUUCCGGGGUUGGCAGCAAGAACAAUAAUGUUUAUGAAAUAGCUUCUACCAUGCAUGUUUUGUUACAGAGAAUGGAUAUUAAACUAGUAUAUGCGCUUGUUAGUGACACAGUGUCACGACUCAUGUAUUAGUCAGUGUGUAUUUGUUCUUCCAAAAAGACUCGCAGUGGUUUGGCGCUGCUAAUGCGCGCGAUUUUUCAAAGUGGGCGAGUCUGCGGCUCUUAAAGAGCACGUCCAACCGGCUAGCCGGAGUUAGCUUUGUUCUUCACAAAGUUUACUGCUUGGCCAAAUUACACGCAAACUGGCGUUUAUUUUUUUACGAAUCUAAAUCUUUGAUCAAACGUAUUUGUCGUAGAUUUUUCCAAGCAUGGCCGGGUCAUUUUUAAAUUUUUGUCAGGCUCGUUGUUGCUAAGGCAAGCUAACAUGGCCAGGAUAAUGUUAGGUUACCUCUAGUUAGCUAGCGUCACUACUUUGUAACGUAAACAGUAACUUAAUGUGGCUACCAGCUAACAGUUAAUAACGCCACCUAACUAACUAUAAGUAAAGGAAUAAGCAACUCAUCUAAAGAAACGUCUGUCCAAUUUAUGCCAACAGAGCACCCUACAUCAACAGGCUCUGCAUCAUGUCUAUUGAUUUUGACAGUGCUGCUCUUCAAACCCAGCAUGAUGAAGAAGAAUACGACCAGGAGGACUAUGCAAGAGAGCAAGAGCUACAGAAACUGCUCACAGACCUGCCUGAUGACAUGUUGGAGGACAGCAGAGACUCCUCCUUAGACCUGGAGUACUCUACCUGCAGCAAUAAAAACACUCACAAAAGCCCACAGUCCACGUGGACACAGCAAUGGCCAGUUCAUCACAGGCCAACCUCUCAUGAACAGAACUAUGAAGUUGACUAUGAUCAGCGCUCUCAUGAUGAGUACGCUUAUGAGGAUGGAGCUGUUCAGAUCAAUGGACAUCAGAGGUACCCUCAAAGUCAACCUCUGCCUCACACCUGGAAUCAGCAGCCACAGGAUCAUCAUUUCCCCCAGGGAGACUAUACAUACACCAGCAUAGGCACAGAAAAAUCUACUGAGACCAAUGAUUUCUCCACAGACGAGUAUGAGUCUAAACCAUACCCUCAAGGCACUAAUAACGCUGUAGUGUAUAAUGGAGAAGGAGAACGAAGAGACAACCAAAACUCCCGGGACCACAACGAAAGAAACCAUUUUCAAGAUUUAAAGUCUGGAGUGGGGGACAGAGUUGUGGAUCAGUACAAGGCCAGCUACAAUCCUCACCAUCCUGCCCAUCAGCCAAAGAUGUUUAACUCACAGGCCAUUCACCAAGAAGGUCAACUUGACCAUCUGCAAAGAGAAUUCCUUGACUCCACACAACAAACUGCUGAGAGGGAGCAGCUUGCCCAGCUGCAGAUUUUAAACAAGGCUCAGCAGAGGCAAAUUGAAGACUUGGAGCGAAAAAUGGAGGAUUCAAGGCGUAAUAUGAGAUAUCUUGAGCAUCAGUUUGCAAUUGUCAAAGAUGAAAAGGAUGGCCUUGCAGUAAGUCUAAAGGAAUCAAGUCGACUGGUUGAAGAGGCCAAGCAGAGAGAGGUUCAAAUGCAAAACAAAUUGAAGGGAAUGGAGCAGCAAGUACAGGUCCUUACUGAAAGAGACCAGGAGAACAUGAAGAAGCAGAGGGUGGCAGAGGCUGCAGUGGACAGUAUGAAGCAGCAGAUGUUGGAGCUUUGUCGCUCCGACACCCUGUCCAGAACGCGGGAGCAGCAUGACAGAGACCUUACCGUCAUAAAGGAGCAGCAUGAGGCUGUACUGUUGACACUACAGCAGAAGCUAGAUUCUACCUCUCAGGCUCUGAACGAAGAGAUUGAUGUUGGUCAGAGGUUACGAGAGCAGGUGAAGCAGCUGGAACGCCAGAGAGAAGAAGAGCAACUGGAGAGAGCCAGAAUCGUCAACACCCUCACUCAGCGUCUGGAGGAGACUCAACAACAAUGUGCCAUGCUGCUGCAGACAAGUUCAGUGCAGGAGACGACUCAGAUGCAAAUCAAACUACAACAGGCUCAAUCAGCCAAGGCCUUGAGUGAAAACAUGAACCAAGUUUUACAGGAGGAUCUUGCCGAUUUGAAGGAGCAGAUCACUCUGUAUGAAUCUGCUGUGAAACAUGGUGUUAUUGCAUUAGAGCUGAGUAGUGACUGGGAGAACCAGCUGUCGGAAUCCUGUGUGGAUUUAGGAUUAAAGAAAACGAACAGGAAAAAUGGCACGCUUCACAGUACUGCCCUGGCUCACCUGUCGGACUCCAAACUGCCCAAAGAUGAAGCUUUGCGGCUGCUGCGAGUGGAGAUGCAGCGCUGCCUGAGUAGUUUGAAGGGGAAACGGGGAAAGAUCAAUCAGCUGCAGGAGGAGCUCCAGCUCUGUCAGGGUCGAGUGAACGAGCUGCAGACUCAGUUAGAUGAAGCCAAACUCAGCUCUUCGGUCAGAGAGACGAGCCAGAUAAAACAUCUAGACAUAACUGGAGAGUCUCAGAAGGAGUUGAUGAGACUACAGGAAGACAAACGACACUUGCAGGAACAAGUGGAGGUGUUAGAAAAGAAGAAUAAGGAGCUGAAACAGAGUGAGGAGAAGGUGAAGUUGGCCAACUCUGAGCUUUGCACCAAGAUGAGGGAGAUGAUCCAGGAACUGGACCAAGAGAAGCAGGAGGCUGCUGAGAGAUCUGAGCGGAUUCAUCAGCAGUAUAGGGACGACGUGGUAAACCGGAUCAGAACAGAGCUCAUGCUAGAACACGAUGGUCAGAUUGAACAGCUGACUGCACAGCACCAGCUGCAGGUCCAACAGUUACAGACCCAACUGUCUGAGGCCAAUGAUAAGAUGUUGGCUGUGCAAGAGUGUUACAUAUCUGUCUGCAAGGAGAAGGACAUGCUUGAAGAAAGCGUACGCAACAGGGAGAAGGAGGAGGCUUUGGUCAGAGAAAAUGAGCAAAACAUGAGAGAGGAGAGUAGUACAGCUGUGGAGAAGCUGAGGGCUGAGCUUGAGGCUCAGCAUCAGGCCUCAAUAAACCAGCUCAAAGUUCUCUGGUCCAAAGAAAAGGAGACUGAGAUCCAGCUGCAGGUGAACUCUCACAUAGCCUUGGCCAAGGCUGCUUGGAAGGAAGAACUACAAAAGAUGGAGAAGACCUGGGUCCAGAGGCUGGAGGAUGCUAGGAGAGAGAAACACAGAGAGACUGCUGAGGCAACCUGUCAGGCAGAUGAGAUUGAGGCCAGCAGUGUGACAAUUACUGUUGAGGAGCUGGACUCCAGGCUCAGUGCCCAGAAACAGCAGCUGCAACUGGAAGCUGACAAAGUCAAACGCAUAGCUGUGGAGGAAGCCAGGAAACAAACCCAGAGGGAGCUACAUGAGAAACACCUGGAAGACAUGGCCAAACAGGUUGAAGGUGCAGUAACGAGGGCCUACAAUCGCUGGAUUGAGGAUUUGACAUCAUUACCAGAAUACCAAGCCUCUCUCCAAAAAGAGAGGGAGAAAUGGGAAAAACUACAAGAAAAACGCACAGAACAACGAGUAUCCCAGGCCCUCAGGGAGGCAGAGGAGCAGUGGCAUAAGAAGCACAAGAACCAGCUGGAGGAGCAGAGCUCUGGAACGCAGAGGGUGGAGGAGCUCCAAGAGGAGGUGGCAGCUCUCCAUACUCAGCUGGAGCAAGUGAGGAGAGAGCAAGCUGCCCUGCUGAAGGCUGAGCUGGCCGGAGCUAGAGCAGCCUGGAACCGAGACAAACAAAAGGAGAUCUCUGUCAUCCAGGGCCGCAGUGAGCAGGUGUACCAAACCAAGCUGCAAGAGCAGCACAAAAAGCUGGAGCAGGCUUUGCAGCAGGCCAGAGAGAAUGCAGACCUACAGAAGAAGAAGCUGCUCCUGCAGAUGGAGGCCAAGCUACAGCAGACUCUGAGGGCCCAAGAGGAGGAGUGGAGAUGUCAGCAUGCAGAGAAGGAGCAGGCCCAGACACAGCAGAUGAGAGGCGAAUUACUAGCAGAGCUUCAGACUGGUCUGGCAGAAGUUCAGGCACAACUUCUCAGGGAUCCCAAAACAGAUCAGCAGGGCUCUGAAGACAUCAGGAGGACCAGCGGGGCCACGUCAGAGGGCACAAUAACACACAUCAUCCAAACGUCCUGCAAAGACAUAGUCAACACAGCAGUAUCUGAAGCCAAGAAGGAAUGGAAGAAAAUAAGUGAGGAGAGACUGAGUCGUGUGUUAAAAGAAACACAGCAACAGCAUGAGAGAGAAAUCGACAAAAUGCAAAGCUCUUUGUCCCAGAAGAAGGAGCAGGCUCGUUGCAGGAAGGAGUGUGCUGAGACUGUAAGUAAGCUGCAGAAGAAGAACCAGGAGCUCCAGAGACACUUGGAGAAAGCCUGUCGUCAACUCCAGCACAGCGUUCGAGAGCACAAAACUGCCAUGCAGCAUCUGAAAGAUGAGCAUGAAAGCAGCUCACAAAAGGCAAAGGAGGAACAUCUGCAGCAGCUCGAGGAAGUGAAGAGAGCCAAAGAAUCUUCAGGGGGUUCUGAUCACCAACAAAAUCUUCAGCAAGGCCUUGAGGAGAUGAAGCAGCAGUACCUGAUGACUGUAGAAAAGAUUAGAGGAGACAUGCUGCGUUACCUCCAGGAGAGUCGGGAGCGAGCAGCAGAGAUGAUCCGUAUGGAGGUGCAGAGGGAGAGGCAGGACACUGCCAGAAAGAUGCGGCGCUAUUAUCUGACCUGUCUGCAGGAGUUACUGGAGGACGGAGGAAAGACUAUAGGGGCUGAAAAGAAAAUAAUGAAUGCUGCAAGCAAGCUGGCGGCCAUGGCUAAAGUGCUGGAGACACCUAUCAAAAGUAAAUCUGGAAAGAACUACAGUCUACAAAGUUGUUUGACGGCUGUGUCCACAGCUGACGGCCCUCCAGGUAGACACGCAGGUUUCAGUAAGAACCUGUCAACACUAACUGAGCUUCCUGACAUCAGGCCAGAGGAGAGAUCCCACAGGGAAAAGACUUCUGCUGAUUCAGAGCAGAAACCAACCGCAGCAGCAAGGACUAAACCUUUGAGUCACCAGGACAUUUCUGCAACUGGGAAGGAGGAGGCCUCCGUAGAUGCAGGGCUGAAACUCCAAACUGCUGCUCACACACACCUCCGCUCUUACAAACCUUCUCAACAGAUGGCUUCUCCAUCCCUGGUGGAUUUUGUCAGUGUGUCUGUGAGGAGUAAAAGCAGGGAGCUGUACCUGCAGGGAGUUGACUCCAGCAAAGCAGACAACCGCUGUGACACAGAGCGACAGAGCAAACCCUUCCUCAUCCAGGAGGCUCCUGUCAGAGAUGAGAAACGGACCGACUGGAGCAUGACCAGUAGUGACUCGGACACAGGCUUCCAGGUUUCCACAAUUUCCUACUCAGGAAGGAAAGUAGAACCAGUGAAGCCGUUUUCUGUCUCUGCUGCAUCAGCCGGUGACUUCGGAGAGUUUGGUGGCCUCACCCCGGAUUUUUCCGACAUGACUGUUUAUAAUGAAAUUGCCAAGACGGCACCUUACACCCAGACCUUGAACUUUCACCAUGCGAAGAUGAGUACACACAGAGAGCCCACCCCUGGCUCUGAGGGUGAGAAGCAGCAUGGAGUUUGUUCCAGGCCUCUGUUCUCUGAGUUGAGACAGCGACAGCAGGACAGCGGCUUCGACAGUCCUUUCUACCAACAGAAAUGACAAAGUGAAGUUGUGAGACGAGUUUGGAACUUAAUUAAUGAUUUCAGUCAGUUUACCAAGUAGUGCCUUUAAUACAGUGUAUAAAGUUUACAUAAUGUAUAACCUUUGCCUUCAUUGCUGUUUGCAGUGUCUAUGUGUGUUGUGUUAACAUGGUUAAAGUCCAAAGGUAAUAAAAUCCACCUACCAGCACCUCUAAAACUCACUUAUUAACAAAUUACAUGUUUGUUUAAUCCGUACAAAAACCGAAGAUUAAAAACAACAAAGUUGUGGGUUCACGGGGAUUAUGUGCUGGACUAUUUCCAGGAGCAGUGCUGUCAUUGUGAGGUUGCCAGGCAACCAGCGGAGACUCCAGUGAGUCACUGCUUCCAGCCAAGAAAUAGUAAACAAACGAUAUAAUGUUUGUAUACUAUUUCUUGGCCAGGAGAUUAUAUGAGAAGAGUAAACGAGAUUUAAACAAGCGAGCUAUAACUUGUUAAUCACUGAGCUUUAGAGGUGCUGGUAGGCGGAUUUGGUUACCUUCAUAACACUUAAACUGCAAAACCUUUUGAGUUCUGUAAUUAUUUGCUUGUCUUUUGCCCUCACACUCCUUUUCACAUUUCAGUUAAGCUUUAAAAAUGCAGCUGCCUGUCUUGGUCUUGGUUCUAAAUCUCAGUGAGGCACACAGCUGUAUGAUCUGGGUUGAAAUAAGUAAACGCUUACUGAUAUUCAACAAGGGUGCAUUGACUUAACAGCCAGCUUUGAGUAAACUUGCCUCUGUCUGAAAGUGCAGUUUGAAAAAAAACGUUUUCAGGUCAAAAGUCGUAGCUCUGCCCUUUUUAACUUGUGAUACCCUGAAUCAGAGAUACUGGCAGCUUUAAUACAAUCACACUGCGUACUAGAUGAGGUGAAGGUUGAUACAAUCAAUGUCACACUGUGUUCUCUUUUCUCUCUCUGAGAUCAAUAGGAUUUAGAUUCCAGUGUGUCUGUGUUUUUUACAUUUUGAAGUAUUUUAUAUCACAUUAUCAAUGAGAUGCUGUGCAUGGAUUCUAAAUGUGUUUUUAUAUAUUGCUUUAAUUCAUUUUAAUAAAUCUUAUCAUCCUAUUUGCAAAUUAA